UGGACGGAGAAAGAAACUCUCGUGAAAGAGGAGAAGGAAGAGGAGGCUGUUACAGUUAAACAAGAAGUAGAGGAUGAAGCUGUUACAUUGAAAUUAGAAGAGAAAGAAGUUACGGUGAAAGAAGAGGAAGGUGUUUUCAGAGUGAAAGAGGAGGAGGAUGUUACUGUGAAAGAAGACGGGGAGGAAGAGGAGGAUGCAGUUUUUGGAGUGAAGGAGGAGGAGGGGGAGAUGACUGAGGAAGACGAUUUUGGAGUGAAGGACGGGGAGAUUACUGUCACGUUAGAGGAGGAGGAAGAAGAGAAGACUGGAGAUCUGAUUAACACCAGAGAGAGACCAGACUCAGAGGAACCAGAGAUGUCCGAACCAACGAGACGACACCACUGUUCCCACUGUGGAAAGAGCUUUAACCAGUUAGGGGACCUAAAAAACAUGAGAGAAUACAUACAGGAGAGAAGCCUUCACCAAUGCUCCCAGUGUGGACAGUGUUUUACCUGGUUACAGAAUCUAAAAACAACAUCAAAUACUACACACAGGCGAGAAACCUUACCAAUGCUCUCAGUGUGAAAAGGCUUUUACCCGGUUAGCACUCCUGAAAGAACAUAAAAUAGUACACACGGGAGAAAAACCUUUCCACUGCUCUCAGUGUGAAAAGAGUUUUACCAAGAAAGGGAUCCUAAAACAGCACGAGAGGACGCACACAGAAGAAAAGCCCUACCACUGCUCCCAGUGUGGAAAGACAUUUUCCUUAAUAAAGUACCUGAAAGAGCAUGAAAAAAACACAUACAGGAGAAAAGCCUCGAGAGAAGCUUUUCCUUUGCGCCCUGUGCGGAAAGAGUUUUA